UGUCAGAGCUAGGACGGCGGUUUAUCAUUAGUCCAGUGGGGCUAAGUCUCUUUAGUUUAGUGCAGAUGACAGACUCGACAGACGGGAUGUAGGGACAUGGAGGUAGAGCACACAAAAAAUCGAGUCUAGCUCGCCAGUACAAAUUAGUGAACUACUCAGUAGUAAGAAACCAACCCUAAUCGGAAGCUCGACUUUAAGCAUUACAAAAUUCUUUUAAGUGUUGUUGAAUUCUUGGUCCGACUUGAAGGGAACGUUUUUAUUUUUCGCUGAUUUAAUUCAUAAUUUGUGAUAUAAGCUCCCAGCUCAGCCUUUUUGAUAUUUUAACAUCUAAAAAAUCACAGGGAAUUGUUAACAUUUUGCCAACAGGUCAAACAUCUUAUUGCUACCUUGAAUCCUGAUGUGGAAUUUGACUUCUUGAUAUAAAACAAAAAAAUGUCUGUGAUACAACGAGAAAUGUUUGCUUCCAGAAAUCCAUUAUGUACAAUAUUAUAUUUUAUUUGGACUAUCCACUUCUCCGGAGUAUUGAUGUUUGCUGGACAUUUAAAUGAAAAAGAACAAACUUACACGUUAAAUAUACCAUGGCACUUUGGAAACUAUCAUCCCCGACACGUGCAAUAUACAGUUCACGGCAUCCCAGAAAUCCAAACAUUAAGACUCAAAAGAAAUGAUAAUAUAAACAUUAAUGUACCAACAUGUGUUAUAGAUCAAGGAUUUACUGUAUGUGAAUAUGGAAAUAUACAAGAUAUAGCUUUUUAUCAUACUACCGAUAAACAAGGGGCAUUUUCAAUAAGGUUAGACCGCGGGGCACCAACAAACACACAGACACAAGUGGAAGGUGUUUUAGUGGCGGGAAAAGAUGCGUUUGUCUUGGAGCCCAAUGGUCCCCUCAGCCACACCCUUACCCCCGCACAUAGCCAUAGGAUCAUGAAGAGAAGCUCAUAUAUCAAUAACUGGCAUACAUCGACGGGUCGUCACGAAAUGACGUAUACAGAUAGACGAAUGGUCCAUUUAACAGACAGACAUACAUUCCAAGAUUUCCAAGAUAACAUGCUUCAUGAUAUCAACUAUAGCACAAAAAGACCGUAUGUCGUGGAGGUGUUGGUACUCAUAGAUAACAGCUUAUAUCAGAAAUUCUACAAGAGACAUGGGGGUGACGAAAUGGAAACCAUGACAAAACUUAAAUACUAUUUCGCACAUAUUGUAAAUGGUAUGGAUCUUCGAUAUUCUUCAAUAAAUAAUACCGGGUUUACCAUUUCUAUCCGGCUGGCCGGUUUCUUCAUUGCUAAGAAUGUCAGCGAUCUUCCUUUUGUGAUGACGUACAGGCAAGGUGGCGACAGGCGUUCUAAGGUGGACGGAAGCUCUACGCUUCUUGGACUGACCAACUUCUUAAAGUCAAAGAAAGAUUUACCACACCAUGACCAUGUCAUGCUAUUUACCGAAUAUGACGCUACAAAUGGCAGGGGAUACAUAUUAGGAACGAGUUACCUUAGUGGUAUAUGUACAGCAAUGAGUACUUCUGUAAUAGUGGACCACGGGUCCUAUAACUCGGCUGGUAUCGCAGCCCAUGAGCUAGGACACAAUCUUGGAGUAAUUUACCAUGAUGGUGAUGACAACCCGGUAUCAAGACGUUGCCCACGUGAACUGAACUACAUCAUGGCGCCAUCAUCUGCAAUUAUAAACUCAAAAACCAAAGAAUACAGCUUCAAGUUUUCCGAUUGUUCCAUAGCUCAAAUGGAAGAUCAUGUUAAUUUACUGACACAAAGAGCUCGAAUUUUCCGUAGAAAAGGUAAUUGUUUAGCUGAUGACUCUGGUCCAUCUUAUGCUACAAUGGUGGUAAAACCUUAUCUCAGUAUCCCUCCAGGACAAUUAGAGGAUGUUCAUACUCAGUGCAGGCAAUUGUAUGGAAAUGAAUCCUUUAUGUGUCCACCUGCAACAACGGACGAAAUGUGCUACAAAAUGUACUGCUUUGAUCCCGGAAGGAAGAUGUGUAUUACCGGAAGUGAACAAAGAGCUGCUAUGGGAACUUCUUGUGGUGAUAAGAAGUGGUGUAAACUUGGAAAAUGCGUUCGUGAUGAAAAAGCACCAAAUGUACCAGACAAUUGUCCAUUCCCUGAUGUUCCUCCCCCAAGAGCGUCUUGUAAAGAAGACGCCUCACCAAUGCAAUGCCAGGAUCCAAUAUUCUAUAAAAGAUGCUGCCAAUCGUGUAACAGAAAUUUUACUGAGGAGGAUUUUUGCAGAGAUUCUAAAAUUUUAAUAAAUGGCUUUAAAUGCGACCAAUUUAUUGCAAAAUAUACACAAGAGAUAUGCAAUUAUGACCCUAAUGUCAAGAACUUUUGCUGUGCCAGCUGUAAAAAGUCUAUUCCGUAUGCGCCUACGCCGCCAUUACCUACCCGCGCUGUGCCUAUGAACUGCCAGGACAAUCUGUUCGUGAGAAUAAACAGCCUGCCUUGUGAGGCAUUUGUAGCCAAAACUGGUCUCUGUGACAGACCUAUCGUACAGCAACAUUGUUGUGAAAGCUGCCAAGCAUGGAAUUUAAAGAAAUAAAACACUGUGUAACCGGAAC